UGUUCAGUCGCAUUCCCUGUGUUUAGUGAGUUUCUACAAACCUCGUGCUCUCUCAAUUCAAUUCGGUUUAUUUCUCUAUCUCCCUGUUAUUGUACUGUUAAGGCCUCUCGCGCUGUCCUGCACAAGUUUUGCAUUAGAAUAUCCAGGAAUUUGAGGUGGUUUUCUUGUGCGUUACCAAGGAAUUGUCUCGGUUGAUGAACUAUUUCGCGUAAACAACUGGACGCUCCCUCACAUCAAACAGGCAACUUUUGAUCUCCAUCCUGGUGCUCAAAUGGAGCUUUUGGUGACUUGGCGAAGUUCGUCACCGUGAGAAGCUCUUUUUAUCUAAGAACGUCACUCUAAUUAUUUUGCGGACAAUCGUCGGCCAAGAGCAGCCCGUCGUGACCCAGAGCGCGUCCGCGGCCGCUACCCUGUCUUCCCUGACCGUCCGUUUGCUCGCGAGAGCGCCGCCCGCCGACCGACAGGAGCGAGGAGGACCCCGAUGGUGUUCCUGCGCGAACUGAGCUGCUGGUCUCGUUUUCAUCUGAACACCACGGGACAGGAGCGAGACUUGCUUUUGGCCGUGACCAGCAGCAGCCGCGGCGGCCGCAGCAACCAGAGGCGCACGGCCAAAAGGGACGCGGCCGGCGAAUAGCGCCAUGGAGAUCAUGCUCGGUGAAAUGACCGCUAUCUUGGACCACCACCAGCACCACCUCAUGAUGAAGCCCGAGGGGCCCUCGAGGCCCGCCAAAGCCCCCGCGUGGACCACGCUCAGUCCGACUGGCUCCUCAGGUUCGUCCGACGACGCCGCCGAACUCUUCCCUUGGUCCAGCGAGCUCAGGCAGACCCUCCGCAUGCGAUUGCAGGGUCAUCACACGCUGAGUGAGGAGAACAUCGCUGCAAGGGUCGCCGAGCCAGCAACUCCUGCCUCCAGGAAGCGCAAAAUUUGGGACGAGUUGGAGAGUCUCGAGGUCAAAUCGCUGCCUGGUGAACUUGCGGCGUCGACCGACCUGCACGACGAGCCGCCGCGCGUGUUCAGCUCCAGUCACGGUGGAACUUUGCACCACCUCGGGGACCUCAGACCCCCAGCCAGCCCCAUCAGACGAUACACCAAACCCAAAACCCCCGAAGGAGUGGCGCCUGGGAGGAUGACUUCAUGGGACAUUGACGAUAAUUUGGCAGCCGAUCUUGAUGGCAGUCUGUCUGGCCUCGGCGAGGAUCUCAGCACUGCUUCAUAUAAUAUGAGUGAGGCCUUGUUGGCUCUCCCAUCACUGACAGUUUUCAAACAAGAAGCCAAUUCGCCUCCAACGCAGGGGAGUUCCAAUCGGCAGCAGCAGCACAGGUCCCCGCCUGCAGACAUGGACAGAGAUUCGCCCACCAGUCUGCACCACCUGCUGCACACUCAAACUCUGACCAACGGUGCUGACGGGGGGUAUCACAGCCCUCCUAAUGAGAGGCACAGCAUGGUUCGAGGAGAAGUGCCUGGACAGCACGGCCAUGCGGGUGCCAACUUGAAUAACCAAUCACAACAAAUAGGAGUUGGUUCUGAGCAAGGGCUGGAAAGAUUUCAACGCCUCGACAAAUUGAAUACCACAGUUGCAGGGGAAGACUAUAGAUUCCAAUAUGUGCUGGCAGCAGCUACAUCGAUAGCAACAAAGAUCAACGAAGAAUCGCUCACAUAUCUCAACCAGUGCCAGUCUUAUGAAAUCAAACUGAAGAAACUCGGCGACCUUUCCUCGUACAGAGGCACAAUUCUGAAGAGUGUUAUCAGAAUUUGCUUCCACGAGCGCCGCUUGCAGUAUAUGGAGAGAGAAAAGCUGGCUGCUUGGCGGCAGUCUCGGCCUGGAGACAGGAUUCUUGAGCUUGACAUUCCUCUGUCAUAUGGAUUGUGGGAUGUUGUGCAGGACCUCGAACAGCUCAACACUGUCGAAUUCUCUUGGGAUCCAACAAAGGAAGUUGGAGCUUACAUUAAAGUUAACUGCAUCAGCACUGAAUUCACUCCAAAAAAACAUGGAGGAGAAAAAGGGGUUCCGUUUCGCAUUCAGGUAGAAACGUAUUCUCAAAGUGAUACCAACAGUGUCCGACGUCUCCACAGCGCUGCUUGUCAAAUUAAAGUUUUUAAGCUGAAAGGUGCUGACAGGAAACACAAGCAAGACCGAGAGAAAAUUCAAAAACGGCCCGUGUCGGAACAGGAAAAAUAUCAACCUUCAUACGAAUGCACUGUGCUCACAGAUAUUGCUCCAGAAACUACCAUUCUUUUCCCGUCGAGUUCAUCUUGUGCCACCGGUGGAUUGGUCGGUGGCUUUAAUGGACCAGAAAAUGUACAAGGAGGAGGAAGCCCCACGAGCAUGGUUAAAGAAGAAGGUGCGGCAUGCAACAAUGGGAGUGGAGCUUUGCCUAGCCAGGGAGCUCAGCAACCAACCCCUACAGAUUUUAUAGAGGAAGUGCCGGUAUACAUGGAGCCAUUGCCUGCUGAGGCUACUGCGCCGCAAACAGCCCAGUGGCUUCAGACGCAACGAUUUGGGCAGUACCUGCGGACAUUCAGCAGCUUCUGCGGCUCGGACAUUUUGAGACUGACCCGAGACGACAUGAUUCAAAUUUGCGGCCUUGCUGACGGCAUCAGACUCUAUAAUGCGCUACAUUCCAAGUCAAUCAUUCCCCGACUGACACUGUAUCUGUGCCAAGAGGGUGCUCAAGUUUAUCACGCCCUCUACCUGAAUUCGCUUCAAAGAUCAGAGAUGACCUCUCGUUUAGCAGAGUUGGUCGGCAUUCCAUCUCACAGUGUCAUUGAUGUCUACCUGCAAGGACCCAACGGCAUCCACGUCUUUUUGACAGACCAAGUUGUUGCCAACCUGAAGGAUGAUUCCAUGUUUUUUGUGGAAAUCAUUAAUGAUACGUCUAGCGAAAGCUUCCGCCUCUUGCUCAAACAAACAGCUCCCCAGUAGAAAAUGAAAGUGAAAAACAACACAUGUGAUUAAAGAAAGAUGCUGGUUGAUUUCAAAGAAAAACAAGGAAGUGAUAUAGAUUUUUCUAACUAAGUAUCCAGCAUGGCUGAAAUGUACAAAAACUAGUGCUCUUUUCUUGCCAAUGAAAGGAGUCAUAUCAUCGUCGCUCUGGAUAGUUAGAUGUGAUAAGUUUCAAGAAUAAAUUAGUGCGACACUAAUGAAGAUUAACCAGUUCUAAGGGAAGUGGGGCCAAAAUAUUUUACUGUAGCAUUAAUAUGAAUUGAUAUUGAAUUUUAAUUGCAUUAUGACGUCAACUGCCAUUUGUACAAGGUGCUGGGAUUCAAAAUACCUUAAAUGUUAUGUUGGUUAAUUUGUGAAUUCAUUGAUCAUUCAGAGUUUCCAGCAAUAAUUAUGUAUUGCAUUUUUUUUUUUUAAAUAUUGGUCAAAAUUAUUGGACGAGCAUUCAUUAAAAA